GCUGGAGCGACAAACGCGUCUUCGCAUGUCCAGAUUCUCGACGUUAUCAAGAAAUCAGGUUGCACCUAUCGACUCUGCCUUAGACCACAGAACAUGGCGAAGCUGAAAGUCAGGUGACAACAAAAUGGCACGCAAAAAGACCGCGAGAGAGGCCACGGCGCUUCGUCCUUCUCGAAAGCGGGAAGCGCCCGUCGAUCCGUACGAGGUCCCUGACGAAGGCGAGACUCCGAGACGGCGACGGCGCCUGGAAACGACCGAUUCAGCUAAUGGGAACAUGCAAGAGAGACGAAAUGGUGCUGCCGAAGAUGCCCAAACAGCUGUCGAGACAACCCCUGCCAAGCGGCGUGGCCGACCUCCCAAGUCCGCAGCAGCAGGGACGCCGAUGGCCCAGGCAACGACACCCUCAGCCAAGCGACCGAGAUCACUGGCUGAGACCCCAGUCAAAGUCGAUGGUCUCGACACUCCAAGUCGGCGAAACAUCGCAGACAGGUCUGCGAGGAGGAAGAGCGCCAGAGCCCUCAUCGAUCGAGUGAUGGGCGGGACGGUCAGCGAAGACGAGGUUGAGGAAGGAGACAUUGCCCGUGAGAUCUACGAGUCCAGCGAGGCCGAAGAAGAAGGGCAGGAGGGUCAGGAGGAAGCCCAAGAGCCUACGGCACCCUCAAAGUCACCCGGCCGAAAACGAAGGGCCGCAGCCCGGAAAAGGUCGCCAACGCCACCACGAGACCUUCCUCCCCAUGAACAGUACUUCUACCAGAACAAGCCCGGGCUUGCCAAGACAUCCAACAACACCCUGUCAUCCCUCGAUCUCCUCACACACGACGAAUACUUCUCCGUCCUUCGGCAACUCAAGGACCCUCACGCCGCCGACGUCAACUUUCUCCAAAACCUCCAUGCCGAGUCCUUCGCGCAAUGGGCAUUCGAGCUCUCCCAGGGCUUCAGCACCUGCCUCUAUGGCUACGGCUCGAAGCGCCGACUCUUGCAUAGCUUUGCCACCUACCUCUCUUCCCAAAACCCCCACCACAAAGUCGUCAUCGUCAACGGCUACGUCCGCACCCUUACCGCGCGCGACAUCCUCUCCACCCUGACCGCCGCCUUCCCCUCCCCGUUGACCUCAAACAGCAGUGGCGGCGGCGGAGUAGGCCUCAACCCGUCCACCACCCUCCAAACCCUCCUCACCCAUCUAUCUACCACCUCAUCCUCCUCCGGCCUAACCAUCCUGGUAAACUCAGUCGACUUCCCCGCGCUCCGCAAACCCGCCCUACAAUCACUCCUCUCCCGCCUCGCCGCCCACUCACGGAUCCACCUGGCCUGCACCGCGGACACACCCAACUUCCCCCUCCUUUGGGACGCCGGCCUGCGCGCGUCCUUCAACUUCCUCUUCCACGACUGCACCACCUUUGCGCCCUACGGCCCUUGCGAGCUCGAGGUCGUCGACGAGGUGCACGAGCUGCUGGGUCGCAAGUCGCGGCGGGCCGGCGGCAAGGAGGGUGUCGCGUUCGUGCUGCGCAGUCUGCCCGAGAACGCGCGGGCGCUGUUCCGGCUGCUGGUAGGCGAGGUGUUGGUGGCGAUGGAGGAGGAGCAGGGAGGCCGGGGAGUGGGAGGGGGAGGAAGAGGGGGAGAAGAAGUUGCGGUGGAGUACAAGAUGGUGUAUAACAAGGCGGUGGAGGAGUUUAUCUGCAGCUCUGAGAUGGCGUUUCGGACGCUGCUGAAGGAAUUCCAUGACCACCAGAUCAUCACCAGCCACAAGGACUCGAUCGGUACGGAACUCCUGAGUCUUCCCUUUAGGAAAGAGGAGCUCGAGUCGAUUUUGGAGGAGUUGAUGUCAUAA